UGUAUGUAUUGUUCCUUCUGUGUUCUCCACACUUGCCAAGCGGCUAAACCCAGAGCACCAACUGGAAUGCACUCGCCCUUUGUGGCUAUAUGGAAUGCACCGACUGAGUUGUGCAUGAGGAAAUACGGAAUCCCUAUAGACAUCAGUUUAUUUGAGAUUGUGGGAAGCACGCUCUCAACUGCCACAGGCCAGAACAUUACUAUAUUCUACACCGAUAGACUAGGCUACUAUCCCUACAUAGAUCCUGCAUCUGGUAUUAGUUAUAAUGGUGGUAUUCCUCAAAUGAGCAAUAUGGAGAAACACUUAAAAAAAGCCAGGGAGGAUAUUCUCCAUUAUAUAUCAUCAGCAACAGAAAAAGGACUUGCCAUUAUCGACUGGGAAGACUGGAGGCCAACAUGGAUAAGAAACUGGGCUUCUAAGAAAAUAUACAGGAAAUACUCCAUUGAGUUUGCUCAGCAGAAAGACCUGACGCUUGACCAGCGUAGCACAGAACCUAUAGCCAGGACACAGUUUGAGUCAGCAGCAAAACGCUUCAUGAUCAACACCCUCAGACUUGGGAAACAACUGAGACCAAACUAUCUCUGGGGCUUCUAUCUGUUUCCUAACUGUCAAAAUUACGACUAUAAUCAGAACCCUCAUAACUACACUGGACGCUGCCCAGAUAUUGAAAUGUUAAGGAAUGAUAAAUUGAGGUGGCUAUGGAAAGAAAGUACAGCCCUGUUUCCAAACAUGUACCUGGAAACUGCACUAAAGUCUUCCCAACGCGCCGCUCUCUAUACGCGCCACCGCAUGCAGGAAGCGAAACGACUGUCAACACUCUCAAAGACUCUUCACUCCCUUCCAAUAUACAUGUACAGCCGGCCCGUAUUUACUGACCAUCCGGAGAAAUAUUUAACACUGCCUGACCUUGUGAACACAAUUGGUGAAAGUGCUGCCUUGGGAGCCAAUGGAUUUAUACUAUGGGGCAAUCUGAACCUGACACAGAGUAUGAUCAUGUGCCUGGGAUUAAAUGCUUUCAUCGUGAACACUCUGAAUCCAUACAUUAUUAAUGUCUCAUUAUCAGCUAAACUGUGUAGCGCCAUACUUUGCCAAAAUAAUGGAGUGUGCACCCGCAAGGAAUGGAACAAAAACACCUACCUUCACUUGAAUGGAACAAACAUUGCAAUAGAACGAUAUAAAAGCACUUAUAAGUUGAUUGGAGGUCCAAGUUUAGAAGACCUUAAAUAUUUCUCAGAAAACUUUACAUGCCAUUGUUAUGUUGGACGCAAGUGCAGAGAAGCUCCAGAUCCACUUAAACUUAAACCUAUGAAUGUUUGUAUAGCGCAAAAUAUUUGUAUAAAGCUUAACCAUGGAUCAUUGUGA